UGAUCCGAAACCAAUUCCUGGAUUGAGUAACUUAUUUUACACAUUUACUAAGUUUAGACCUAUUUUAUUUUGUAUCAAGUUAUUGUCGUGCAAUUGAUUGACUGAAGAAAACAGACUCUGAUGAGAUGUGAACAUGUGAUGUGAAUUCAAUUGAAUUGAAUUAAUUCCCUCCCUCCCUCAGAGUUUCGAAAACGUUUGCUUUAACUGUCACUGGAUGCUAAUGUACUAAUACAUUUCUGAUCAAUUGCUACUAAGUAACGAAUUUGAACUGAGGAUUGUUAAUGAUCAGUGAAAAAUUCUGAAGACUACUGAAGUUACAAAUCUACAAAGAAUGAGUACAGAGACGAGCACGGAAGAAAAACUCAAGUUGGCGUGCUACUUUGAGGUAUCUAAAAUCUCCAAGUUCGUCUGCGAGAACAACACGCUGCUGGGUGAACUGGAGAUGGACAAAAAUGCCAAACAGCUGAUCGCAGAACUUGUCUGGAAGAAGCUACAAGUGUACGCGGAGGAUUUGGAGGCGUUUGCCAAACACGCCAAGAGAUCCAGCAUCAACACUGAGGAUGUCAAACUAUUGGUGAGAAGAAACCCUUCACUGGUGGAACAUGUGACGAAGAUGGCUGAAGAUCUGGUGUCUUCUAAGGAGACAAAGAAGAAGAAAAAGAAGAUUGAGGCGAAGGAAGUGAAGGAGGUUGAUCUUGAGUGAUGGAGUGUUCUGCUGAAGACACAAAGACGGCUGAAGAUUUGGUGUCUUCUCAGACAAAAAAAAAAGAAUAAGACAAAGGAGUUGGAUUGAGUAAAGAAGUGUUCUGAUGAAGAGUAUUUGAUCGUCAAAACAGUUCAAGAUGAAAAAGGCCUGAAAGAGAAUAUAACAUAUUUAUUUGAAUACGUGUUAAGCCAAUA